AUGCCAUAUCCAAAAGAGGAUGUCGUUUUCUUUACAGGAAAUAGAUUACUUUAUGAUGAACGUCAAUAUGAUGUUGUUGCUCAACAACAAAUUUUUGAAAAUUUGUCCGCUUCUCUUACAAGUAAUAUGACUCUAUUGUUAAAACAAUUUAGAAUAGUUCAACUUUUCAUUUUUAUUAACAAAUCUGUUUGGAAACACCUCUUAUACAUAGACGAGCAAAGAGGCAUUUUUGAGGAAAUCAUGGAUGUUGUAGAAAAGCAACAAGGCAGUGUGAUUUUUUUGUAUGGCUACGGUGGGACUGGUGGAAGAACAGGUCACUCUAGAUUUAAGAUUACUGUUCCUACUUUAGAAACUUCUAUUUGCAACAUUGAAAAACAAGAUGAUCUUGCUGAGCUUCUAAAGAUGACAGAUUUAAUCAUAUGGGAUGAGGCUCCUAUGGCUAAUAAAUCUUGCUUUGAAUCUCUCGAAAAAUCCUUAAGAGAUAUUAUGAGUGGAACCUCACAUGCAUCUAAAACAGUAUUUGGAGGUAAGGUUGUUGUGUUUGGUAGUGACUUCAGACAAAUUCUCCCAGUUAUACCAAGAGGUACUAGAUCUGACAUUAUCCAUGCAAAAAUAAAUGCUUCUUAUAUUUGGGAUCAUUGUAAAGUCUUGAGGCUUACAAAGAACAUGCGCUUGCAAACUGGUGAUAAUGCUUCUUCUACAGCUGAUGACAUAAGGAGCUUUUCUGAGUGGAUUUUAAAAAUUGGAGAUGGGACCAUGUGUGAGCCAAAUGAUGGUUAUGUUGAUAUUUGCAUUCCAUAUGAGUUCUUAAUUUCUAACUUUUCUGAUCCCGUCAAGGCAAUUGUUGAAGAUACAUACCCUGAUCUCAUUCUUAAAUAUCUUGAUUCCAAUUAUCUUCAAAGUCAUGCGAUCUUAGCUUCAACAAUCGAAGUUGUUGAUGAUAUCAACCAAUAUAUCACAAAUCUUCUUCCAGGAGAAGAGAAGGAAUACUUUAGUAGUGAUUCUAUUGAUAAAUCUGAUGUAACUAGCUGUGAUGCAUAUGAGAAUUUGACACCCGAGUUCCUAAAUGCUCUUAAAACUUCAAGAUUGCCUAAAAAUUCAAUCAGGUUGAAAGUUGGUGCCACUAUUAUGUUAAUGCACAAUCUAGGUCAGUCUGAAGGAUUGUGCAAUGGUACAAGGCUUACUGUAACCAGGCUUGCUAAUCAUGUCAUUGAAGCUAAGAUCAUUUCUGGAAAAAAUAUUGGUAACUUAAUUUAUAUUCCUAUAAUGUCUUUAUCCCCCUCACAAUCCCCAUGGCCGUUUAAAUUGCUAAGACGCCAAUUUCCACUUAUUGUUUCCUUUGCCAUGACUAUUAACAAAUCUCAAGGACAAUCACUUGACAAUGUUUGUUUGUAUUUGCCUAAAGAAGUUUAUAGUCAUGGGCAAUUAUAUGUGGUUAUCUCAAGAGUCAAAUCGAAUAAGGGAUUAAGGAUUCUUAUUCAUGACAAAGAUAAACAACCUAUGAUCUCUACCACCAAUGUUGUCCAAACAUUCACUUCAUUUUUGAGAUUCAUGCUGCAGCCAAUGUUGUAUUCAAAGAAGUGUUCCAUAACAUUUGAAAAGGUCCAAACAUUCACUUCAUUUUAG